AUGCUGGCCUCCCUACCAUUCAAGUCGGUAGCUUUGAAUGUUCGCCAGUCUGAGACCCCUCGCGACCUUGUAGAACGCGGCUUGGAAGCCAUAGGCAUCAACAGCAACACGACUAGCGUGAGGAACGUGAGAAUCUCCGGCUCUCAACUCCGUACUAAAUCUAUCAUUACCACGAUAGCUCUAGAUGGCAUGGAUUCGACAGUUGUCCCACAUGGAAGUCAGACGAUCACAUACUCGUAUGAGGAAGGCGGCCUGAAACAACGUGUUGAUAGAGUUGUUGGCUUGGGACCACUUUGGGUCUUUGCACGACCAGCACUUGAGCCAAUGGACUACUCGGUAAUAGUACAAGAUGGCGACUAUGGAUUUGCUGCCGUCACUAGGGGUAGCUAUUCCCUCUUUGACCCAGCGGAUACCCCCGAAGGCUACUUGGACGGAUACCUCGCGGCGUACAUGAUCACCGAUAGUCGCAAGUGGGAUCCACUGUUGCUUAGGAAGAUAUCCGCAAAUGACUCCACCCUUCGCUUCGAACCAGUCGAAGGUGGUUUGCUGCUUCCAGCAGUCUUCGACCAAUCUUUGAACACGUCCAUUCUUUUCGAUCCUGAAACUUACCUACCUUUCGCUAUCCGUACAUAUGAAAACCAUCCCUUCUUCGGCCCCUCAACGAAUGACCUCCGAGUAUACGACUACACCCCUGUCGAUGGACUGAUGAUACCCCGUCACUUCAAAGUAAUGUACAACAACAAGCUUCUGAUCACCGACUUUCUGGCGGAUGGGGUAUCUGUGAACUUUGACGUCGAACCAUCAUUCUUCGACGUUCCGGCAGAACGUGGAGAUUUGAAUGUUCCCGUUACAAAUUCUGCACUAACUGCCUACAUUGGCGAGAAGUACGCCAACUAUCUAUGGUUUGGUCGAUUCAACUUCACCGCUGCAGACUUCGAUGCCCAGCAACCGUAUACGGAUAUGCCAGGAGUGUGGGUUAUCCGAAUGCCUGGUGUUGCUAGUUAUCGACAGAUUCUGCUUGAGAGCGAGGGCUAUGUUGUUGUUUUGGAUGCUCCAGGUGAUCAAGCGCAGGUCCUACAGGAGUGGAUUAGGAUUAACAUUGGAAAGCCGGUGUCGCAGGUUUGGCCUACGCAUCAUCAUCAUGAUCACGCUUUAGGUGUCAGGAACUAUGUCGAGAAUGGGGCUGAGGCUGUCGUUCCAAAGAUGGCGCAGUCAUACUAUGCCGGUAUUCCUGGUGCUGUAUUUGCAACUUACGAGCGUGGCGCGCCCUACAUUGUCCAGACAAGCGGUUUCAGGGCUGCUUUUAUCCAUGUCGAGGGUAGUAUUCAUGCCCAAGACCAUAGUGUCGCCAUUAUUAUGCCUGCCUGCCCCACCGAGGAUAGCACUGUUGUUGUGUUUGACGCUGAUCACGUUGUCCAGGCGCAGCUGAUGGCAACUCACAACGACCACAAUGAGCUCAGCCAGCUUAUCAAUGCCAUGGUAAAGCACCGUGUCGCCAAGUCAGCUCUACUUGUUCCUGUUCAUGGUGAGCUGUCAAACAUGACUGUUGUCUACAGAAGCGUAGGAUACUUGUUUCCCGAGUACACCCCACUCGAUUUUGAGUACCUAGGCGAUAGUUGCACAGCUUGA